AUGGCUGGUCACUCCCAUAGGUCUUCUGUGAAGAAUGGUCACAAGACCUUUAAAUCAAGGCACUCCAGUAAGGGAGCAUUGAAACGAAUGUAUAAAGGUAAAGUUGAAAGGAGCCAAGGUUCAGGCAAGGCUUUAAAGGCUGUAUCGAAGUUGGAUCGUAAAAAUGCAGCUAAGCAAUUGAGGCAAAAGAAGAUUAUGGAAACUUUUCAAAUGCGGAAAUUGUUCGAAGGAUCAAAUGGUGCCGCCAAAAUUGUUACCAUCAUUCCACUAACAACAGAUGUGGAUGCUGGUGAUAUCGUGAUAAAAUUGCUACGAUCUGUAGACCAAGGUUUGGAAGAUGAUAUGGGCUUGAAGAACUUUAAAACACCAUGUGUCGCUGAUUUCCGCAUAGAAAAGUUUAAGAGUAAGUUAAAGAUAAUUGUGCCCGAUAUGUCGAACUUCCUCAACAUCAUGGAUUCGGCCAAGGUUGCUGAUUUUGUUCUCCUAGGUCUAAGUGGUACAUCCGAAGUCUCUCCUGAGUUUGGUGAGCAAAUUAUUAGGGUAUUAGAAUUGCAAGGUAUUGCUUCUUACAUCGGUGUCGUAUCAAAUUUGUCAAAGGUACAUCCUAAGGAAAAGUUCCAACUUGAUGUUAAGCAGUCAUUGGAAAGUUACUUUAAGCAUUUUUUCCCCAAUGAAGACCAUAUAUACAAUUUGGAGAAACUUUCAGAAGCCUCCAAUGCCGUUAGAGUUAUAUGUCAGAAAUACCCCCGUAGUGUGCAAUGGAGAGAUUCUAGAGGUUACAUGGUCGCAGAUAAGGUGGAUUAUGUGGAAGAUCAAGGUGAACUUGUUAUAGAUGGUACAGUGCGUGGAAUUGGUUUUAGUUGCAAUAGAUUGGUUCAUCUCCCAGGUAUGGGAGAUUUUCAAGUCUCUAGAAUAGAAAAGUAUGUUCCCAGUGCUCGGGGGAACAAGAACGGUGCCAAUCUUGAGAAUGGAAGCCAGUUUUUUACUCCAAAUGAAGAGCAAGAUACCCUUGACUCCUUUGCUCCACAGGAUCGGGAAGAGGAAAUGUGGUCGGAAGAUGAGGAGUUCGAAUAUAACAACUUGACCUCGGCAAGAUAUGACGACCAUGGUUUCUUACCUGGUAGGGAACAGGCUGAGAAGAAAACUAGGGUUCCAAAAGGAACAUCUGAAUAUCAAGCAAGAUGGUACCUAGAUGAUGUCGUUGAUGUAGAUGACGAAGAUUUAGAGGAUGAGGAUUUCCAGACGAUCUCGGUAGAUGGAGACAUGGACGACGAAAUGAAGCUUGAUUCUGAAGAAUCAGAUAACAAUGAGUCAUAUGACGCAGAAGAGGGGAUGGAAGACCCCGAUGAGAUGUUUGUUGACUUAUCUCCAGAAGAAGAGGAAAGGCAACUGAGUGAGUACCGUGCAUUGGAAUCUGAAGAUCUGGAAUUCCCUGAUGAAAUUGAAUUGUUGCCUAGCGAGUCAGGUAUUGAACGUCUUAAGAGGUAUAGAGGCUUGAAAAACCUACAUAACUGUGUAUGGGAUGUUGACGAAAAGGACCCUCAUAUGCCAGCAGAAUGGAAGCGUAUAUUGAGAAUAGGAAGUUAUAAGAAUACCAAGAAAAAGCUAAAUAAGGACGCAGUUGCUAGCGCACAAGUAGUUUCAGGUGACAAGGCAAGGAUAUAUAUUCGCUUCCCCAGGGAACUUUUGGAGAAAAUAGUUGAUCCAACUUGUCUGGAGCUUUCUGUCUAUGGUUUGUUGCCACAUGAACACAAGCAAGUCAUUGCUAAUUUAUCUAUUCAAAGGUGGGAAGAAUUUGAUGAACCAGUCCCAUCAGGAGAACCUAUUGUUGUUCAAUAUGGUAUCCGUCGUUACACUAUUCAUCCACAAUUUUCUACUGCAUCAAACGUUCCAAAUAACGUUCACAGAUUUGAAGCCUUUUUACAUCAUAAUAGUGUUUCAAUUGCAACUUGCAUUUUACCUUUGGAUCUAACACAAUCUCCUGCAAUUUUCUUCAAGCCAAGUGCAAAUGAUCCAAAGGGAUUGAAGCUGAUAGGUCACGGUACCUUCCUGAACGCAGACCAUACCAGAAUUUUGGCGAAGAGAGUUAUUUUGACCGGGCAUCCAUUCAAAUUCCACAAGAGAGUUGUUACAGUCCGUUACAUGUUCUUCAGACCAGAGGAUGUAGAAUGGUUUAAAUCUAUUCCACUCUUUACGAAGUCUGGAAGAACUGGUUUUAUCAAGGAAAGUCUUGGUACUCAUGGUUAUUUCAAAGCUACAUUCGAUGGCAAGCUAUCGGCCCAAGAUACUGUUGCAAUGUCACUAUAUAGACGUGUCUGGCCAGAUGUAUCCAGGCCAUGGACCUUAUAA